AUGUUUCCUUAUAAUUUCUUAUUGCUUAUAAAGCAUAUAACAAUUAAUAUUUUAAGCUUGUUCAAAUCCUUAAAAAUAAUUAUAUUUGUUAAUGAUAAAUGAAAAGUUUAUUCAGUUAUUAAAAUGAGUCAAUUCAAUCGAAAAACUGAAUAUUGAGUUAUUCCAACUCCUGCAAAAGUAGGACCAGGGGCUUAUGAAGUAUUGACACCAAAAAAAUCACGGCAAUGUACAGCACCUUUCAAGAGCAGCGAGAUGAGAUCUUUGAGCGUUCCAUUAUCUAAGAAAAACGAUCCUGGGCCAGGAUCUUAUAUACAUGAUGAAAAAGUAAAACAAAUGAGGAAGAGCAGGGUAACCACAUUUUCUGCUAUUCCAAGAGAGAUCCAAUUUCCUAAUGAAGAUGGAAUUAAAGAAAAUCCAGGACCUGGAAGCUAUGCAAUUGAAGAAAAACAUAAAGUUUCAUACAAGGGAAGACAAAAUCAUAAGCCACUUUCGUUGAUUUUAGAGCCAAGCCCAGUUUCAAUACCUGCCAAAAUGACCCCAAAUCAAGAAAUCGGCCCCUUCAGCUAUAAUCCGAGAUAUUCCAAAACAAAACCAUCAACCCGUACAACUGAUUUUUCUGCCUAUAAAAGCACAAGACCUGAAAUAUUUACAAGCAAUACUGAAAUUCCUGGCCCUGGACAAUAUAAUAACGAUUCCCCUCAAAAAAGUAAUAAAAAACUCUCAUGAACUUUUAAGUCAAAAGUCAAAAGAAAAAGUAUUGAGAAAUCAGAAAAUCCUGGGCCUGGAACUUAUCGUCCACAAUUGCCAGGAAAGCAAACAAAAGCAUUAGCUGAAGGCUUUGGAAGCACAACGGAGAGAGAUGUGAUGCUUUCAAAUGACCCACAUAGACCUUAUGCAUAUGAAAAUAUCUCUCCACCUGUAGGAAUUUAUGACUAUGAAAAGUCUCACAAAAAUGAUCUAUUACGAAAAAAACUUCUUUUGCAGAAAAAAGAGCAUGAUAGGCCAAGCUUUAAUGCGACUGAAAAAAGGGUUUUUAAGCUCUCAUCAAAUGAAUAUGUUCCAGGCCCUGGGCUGUAUGAACUUUCUAGCUUUAGUCAUUAUGAAGAAAAUCUGUAUCCCUUUGGAAUAAAGUCUCCAAGAUUUAAAGAAAAAAAGCCAGCUAUUAUUCCAGGGCCUGGGUCAUAUGAAAAUAAAGCUGAUAAUCAAAUGAAGACUGGGCUAUCAAGUCUUGUAUCCAAUACCCAAAGAUUUGAUAAAGAUAUGGUAUGCAGUGGCGAACAGAUUUCUACUGAAUUUUAUAUUGGGCAUCAGCCUUGAAAAGUAAAGAAAACGCGAGCAGAUGAUUCUGAGCUUAAAUUUGAUAGCUCAAGCCCUAGAUUUCAAGAUAGGAGAGACUUAAGUCCUGGGCCAGGACAAUAUCAUAAAGAUUUUCAUAAUAAGAAGCCAAAAAUUUAUAAAUAUACAGAAAAACGAUUUUCUUCGUAUGCAAACUAUACGUUGCCUAGAGGUACAUCAGAUGAAAUAGGUCCUGGAGCUUAUCAUCAAGAUAUGAAUUUCUAUAAAAAAUCUUUCAAUAUAAGCGGAGAAUUAUCAGAAUGCAAACCUUGGCUUUAG